AUGUCAUUUUCUGCAUUCGAGACUGCGCGGCAGGCGAACCGCGAGAGGCUGCUGAGGCGCCUCGUCGCCAGGCUUCUCCAAACUUACUUGGGGGUCUCUUUGCCGGAGACAGAGAAGCGGGAAGACCAAGAAAAAGAGGCGCGACAGAGGGAAGAUCGUCUCUCGCGCGAAGAAGAAGAAAACGAAGAGAUCGUCAGACGAAACGCAGAGACUGCUUUCCAGUUCGCCAAGGCAAACUGCGCCGUUCAUGCCUUCGGGACGAUAAAUCCGGGGAACGUGAAAGAAGCGUUUGCCGAGCUUCUGCUCUCCCUGGAAGCUCAGCAGCAGGUCGGCAAAGCGGCCUCUCUCAGACGGUGUCUCGCAGCCUUCCUCAGGCCGCCCUACGAGCCUCUGCUGGUGUCUCCCCGCGUACCUCCGCUUCCGUUGCCCGAGAGCGGAGCUGCGAAGAGGGAAACCGGAGCGCAGCUUCAGACGCGAGAGAAGGAGGAGGAGGAAAAACGGUAUGGCCUUCUGCUGCUUCUUCUCUCUCUCGCACAACAGCCUGUCUCCGACGGCGGCGAAGUUAUCGCUUUGCAGCUACAACGAGACAGAGAGCGGCGGGAGGCUCGUCGGUCGCGGCUCGAAGAGGAGAAGCGCGAGGAGGAGAGAGCAGCGGUGGAGGAGCUGGAGGAGUUGCGCCGCGAGCAACUGGAAGCGUAUCUGGAGGACUUCUUCGACUCAGCUUCUUCUGAGGACGAGGCACCGCGGCUCGGUGAAAGCUCGAGCAACGGAGUUCCUUCUCCCGCGUUCGCGCAUCGCAAGGCGAAACUCGGAGAGGACUGCGAGGACCUCACAUGCGGUGGCGCGACCCUCGCGAUUCUCCCUCAAGAGCGCGCGGAGUCCACGCCUGCUCGCCAGGAGGCGACCGCGCAAUCAGUCGAACGCGAAGACGAAGAUGUCUUUACAGAAGCAGCUACAGAGUGCGAGAGACUCGCAGGCACAUUUUUGCAUGCAGCCGUGAGCAGGCCUGCGGCAUGUCUCCGACCGACGCAGAUCGAGGUCUUUGAGAAGGACGGCUCAAGUGGCGUCGACGCGCCGACGUAUCUCGCGUCGCCAGCGGUGCCCCUCGCUGCGUUGCUGCCUCCGGACUCGUCUUUGUCCUCUCACCCGCCAGCAGAUGCAGGGAUUCUUGAUUCUCUCGAGCCUGCGCGCGGCGCGGGGAAGGCGCUUCAGUUCGCUAGUCCGUCGGUUUGCUUUCCGCCUCGCAUGCGCGACCUGCCGCAGACUGAGAAGACGCAUGCGUUCUCUGGAGUCGUCCCCGAGGCCUGGCUUGUGCAGCAUGUCCUUCUGGCGCUGGGCGGUCUCGACGCCUCGCCGGUGUUUCUGCGGUGUGUGUCGGCGCCUGGCGCGACUGCGUCUCAGGUCAACCGUUCGUCGGACUCGGAAUUCCUGUCCGGUUCUCCGUUUCCUCUCGUCCUUUCCCCGAAUGCGCAUCUGGGCGCUGUGGAGCACCUGUCUCCCUCGGCAGCAGCCUCGAUUCUGCGUUUCUUCUCGCGUCCUGCGUCUGCCGUUCUCCUUCUCUCUCGCUUCUCCGCUGCGCUGUCGAGUCUCGCGUUCGAGCCUCUCUGCUUCGCUUCCGAGGCGCGCGAGGCCGGCUUUUCCCUCCUCGACUUUCUCGAAAAGAAAUGCGAAAGGCCUCGCUUCGAGGACUCUGCAGCGCUGCAGCUUCGGCGUCUUCGAGCCGCGGUCGGGCCGCGUGUGAGCGCCUGUCUGGAGGCGACGAGACACGGACUCGAUCUCCUGAUGCUUCAGUGGUCGACGCUUCUUUCCGAUCUGCAGCAGGCGCAGACGACGAGCUUGCAUGCAGAAGUUGGCGCGUUCGACGCGGCCUCUGUCGAGCCUGUGAAAAACGCAUUCAACAGUCUAGCCAGCUUUCGCAGCCUAGGACCGCUUCCGCCGCUCGGCUGGCCGCAUCCCUCUGUGGCGCCAGUGGACGAGGCCGACGAGGCCUUGGGGAGAGACAGCGUCGACAGGGCAGCGCAGGUGGGGAGACCUCUCACGCUGCUAGCGCUGCUGCUCCAGAUUCGCGAGCACCUCAGAUGUUGGGUGAGUGUCGCGGCGGCUGUCGAGAAGGUCUUGAAGUCUUUUUCGUUCUUCUCUUUCGCGGGUGCAGAGCCGACGCGGCGUCUGCUGAACAGGGUGAGGCCUGCGCAGCCGGGAGUUGACGCUGCCUCGAGAUCCGUCAGGAUCUUCGCGUCAGCGGAGGGCGCUCACUUUGGCCUCGCGUUUUUCAUCGAGGGACUGGCGAGGCUGCAAGCCGCCGAGACGGCCCGCGACGGCGUAUUGGAGCGCCUCUGGAAAUUCCUUCUUUCCUGCGCUUUCCAGCCUGUGCUCCUCGCCCUCGACCGCUGCAUGCGGUUCGGCGAGGUGCGCGGCUUCCCCGUGGACAUCCAAGUCUUCUUGAGAGAGACAAGUGGAGACGCAGGAGGCGACGCAGCAGCGAGGGCAGAAACAACAGAGGCAAGAGAAGAGGCAAACGGAACUCGAGAAUGGAGCCAAGGAAGACGCAGAAUUCCUCGUUUCCUCCUCGACAUUUCCGCUGCCUCCCAGCGAGCAGGUGAGGCGGUGGCAGCGGUGCGGGAGGUGGAACGGACGCGGGCGGCGUUGCCGAAAUCAAAGUCGGAGAGAAACGAGACUCUCAGCGACGGCGAAACCACUCGCGACUCUUCCAAAGACGAUACACCCGAAGAUACAGACGAGCGCGAAGAAGAGGACGAGGACGAGGACGCAUGUCUAUGGGCAGACAAGCUGGAGCGUGAGAGUCCUUCUGCUGUCGCUGGCUUGUUUUUGAAGAGAAUCAAAGACGCAGCAGCCACCCAGGGAUCGGCAGAUGCGCUGUCUCGUCACUCGAAAGGUUGUCCGACGGAGGGAGUAAAGGAAUCAAAGAAAGCGAGAGAAAGCGAGAGGCGGCCAAUAAGCCUUAGCCUCGAAGGCAGCGAGACAGUCGAGGGAAAGCUCAAAAUGAUGGUCCACCGCCUGGGGGCUUGGGAUGCGUCCGCUGCAGGUGUACGUACAGUCGAAGGCGAGGAUGCUUGGGCGUCAGGCCGCGACUCGCCGAAAGUAUGGGAGGACCGCGUCGACGGAUGCAGCGAAGAGGAGCCGUCUCCCUUUCAAGACGUAGAGUCUCUGUUUCUCUCUCUGCGUCCGUCUUCCCUCUCUGCCAUGCCUCCAACCGUUGUCGCCUCUGUCUGUCUCCUCGAGGUCCUCUCCGGCACCUCCCUGGGGCAGCGCCGCUGUCGAGCGAGACGCGCGAACGCGGAAACUUGUCUCUCGCGGAGACGCAUGCAGUGCGGCCUCGCCCUCUCCCUGACUCCAGUCCGAGCUUCCGACAUCUGUGGGGUCUUGUCGCUGCCCGUCGCGGGUCGCGACAGUCCGUCGAUCCGGCAGAGCGGCGGCGUGCAGCGUCUUCUCGAAGAGCCUUCGUCUGUCGGUGUGGGUGAAGGAGAAAGAGAGGGCGUUCGAGCAGCAGCAGCAGGAGCGGGUGAGGAGAAGACCCAAGACCGGACGGAGGACGACGAAGAGAGGGAGGCGCUGCUGAGCUUUGAGGGUGGCGUCACCAGUCUGUUUCUGCAGACGCGCGUUCGUCCGGCGCUUCUCACACUGGCAAGCGAAGAAGAAGCAACGGCGCUCCUCGUUCUCCUGCAUCGAACUCAUAUUCUGGAAGCGGUUGCCCUCACGCGCGCGGUCGCGCUUCUCCAGGUCAAGAGCGAGAUGCGCCCGCUCUUCCGUCUUCUGUUCUCUCCGACCGAAGCGCCGCUCGCUCACGUCGACCCUGUCCAGCUGAACUGUGUGUUCCACGACCUGCUGGUUUCGCCGGCCAUGUCCAGCAGGACCUCAGGAGCCGCUCGCGAGGUGAGAGCAGACGCUGCCUGCGGAGGGAAGAACCACGGGGACGACGUUCCGACCUCCUCCUCCUCGCUCAGUUCGUCUCUGCACCGUUCGCUCGCGCGGGCGCUGGGGCCUCGUUUCCUCGGCCUCCAGAGUCGCGAAGAGAAGAACGACAGCCAGGAAAAUCCGGACAGACGGGAUCGCGAGAAGACGCUCGGAAGCGGCGAGUCCAGAGAAAGCCUGCGACGGUUCGGAGAGAAACGCAGAGGGUCGACAGAGGCCUCGCACUCACGCGGAGAGAGAGGGGGAUCCCCUAAACGCUGUGCAGAUCUCUGCGCGAGCUUCUUUUCGGUCGGGCGCAUCGCUGCGGCCGGACGCGCUCUCGCGCUCAGCCUAACGACAGACAAUCCUCUCUUGACGCUUUCUGCAGAAGCUUCUUUCAGUUCGCGCGCGGAGGGGAGGAGCGGGAGAUCUGAGGGAACCAACUGGCCUCGCGCGAGGGAUUCCAGUUUGCAUGGAGAAGAAGAAUCAAGCCGAGAAGAGGGGACAAGAGGAGGAGAAGAACAGACAGGGAGAGAAGAGAAGGCGAGAGACGACGAGUCAGGUCGUCGUCCACCGGUAGCACGCCUGGCGUUUGCGUAUCUGACGCUGCAGUACGCGUCGACGCCGUUUCCGAUGUCUGUACACCCGCGAUUCGCAGCGGGGCGUCUCCUGAGCGCGGAGGUCACUUUGAUGUACUCGUCGAUUUUCGCGUUUCUGCUCGAACUCGAACGGAGCGCCAGCGUGCUCUGCAGGCUACCUUCGUUUCUCUGUGCGUUCGCCACCGCGACGGAGACAGCUGGAAGCCGAUACGCGCUCGAAGACGAAGGGCAUCACGCGGAAAGCGACGAAGGCGAGAGCGAUUCCAGACAGGAAGUCAACCGCGCUCGCGAAGCCUCGCAGGAGUCGCCAGAAGCGGCUGGUCUGCGGACGCUCUCCACGCGCUUUUACCAAGCUGCAGUGAAGCUUCGAGGGGAAUUGUGUCACCUUCUCUUUUCUCUCCAGCGACAUGCCGCCUUCGUUUGCGAACAACAUUCCACGGCCUCUCUCCUUCGGCGUCUUCUCUCCUGUUCUUCCUUCCACGAGAUGGAACGCAUGCACUGCCAAGACCUCAGCCUCCUCACUGCCCUGCUUCUCGUCCCCGUUCACCCUGCCGCUCUCUCCACCUUCUGCGCUCCCUCCUCUCCUGCUUCUUCGCCUCCUUCUGCCCUCUCUGUCUGUGGCUCCGCGGCGUCGUUUCAGUUGAACGCUGCGGUGGCGCCUCACUUGCUUCUGUUGCUCCAGGCGCCGCGCGAUUUGCAGCGACUCUUGGAGGCUGCACAUGCAGUCGUGAGAGAAGAGGAGAAGGAGACUUCGGACAUGCAACAUCGUGAAGAGACGGAGGGGACCAGGUGGCGACGCAUGCGCGGCCGCGUUGCCUGUGUGGGGUCGCUGGCGUCUGCUCCGACUGCUCGCCCGCAUGCAGACGACGCGUCGCGGAGACGCUUUGAAAGGAGGACGGCAAGCCUUUCUUCCCCAGACCUAGACUUCAACGGCGUUCAUUCGACGCAGGCACAGGGCGACAAGCGGAGAGAGGCGAACCAGCGCCUGGCGCAACUCGCCGUCUGCGUGCAGUCUCUCGAAGCGCUUCACUUCAACGUGCAGCGAACGGCGCUGUGUUUCCUGGCGCUCGUACGCGCAGCCGUUUUUGCCUCGCCUACGAUGAUUCUAGAGUCCUCGCCUCUCACCAGCAUCCUCCCUCGCGAAGGGUGCUCGGUCUCCACUCUGUUGCUCGGGGAAAUCGCCGCCGAAUGUGUGCUUGCUCGGGGGGGGGACGAGCAGCGAGAAAGCUCAGAAAAUGGAGUUUCGCGAUCUAUUGAAACAGACCCCCUCGAGGGCGGUUCGGACUUCCUCGGCGUCUCUGAAGAAGUCUCCUGUGGCUUGCGAUUGCUCUACUCAAUGCUAGACUUCAGCAACUUCUAUUCCAACACUCUGGAGGCUUUUGCAUGCGAACAAGUCAAAAACCGCCGCUCCUUCCAAUAG